AUGACAGAAGAAAUACAACCUGCAUUAAAUGAUGUUAGUUCAAGCGUUACAAUGAAUGAUAACUUGGAAACAUUGGACACAAAUACAAAUUCUGAUUUAAGUGCACAUUUAGACGAGCCGGGCAAGAAAAUGAAAAUGGAAAACGGUAAUAUCGUCGUUGCUGUAUCUGCGUCUGUCGCUUCCCCAACGCCUUCAAAUACAGCUGAAAACGACAUGGUCUUGGAGAGUGAAGUAAGUAAUGUAGAUGUGGAAAAUUCUAAAAAUUUGCCUGCCUCUCCAGUCUCAGAAGCUCCAAAACCAUUGGAUAACCAGAAUGAGGAUGAUAAUCAAUCUAAUACCACUUCAUUGGAAGCAAGUGGAGCCAUAGACGAUGGUGAUGCUGCUGCUUCUGCAAUUGAUUAUACCAACAUUCCACCAGCGCCAGCUCCUCCAGCCGAACCUGAUAUGAAUAAUUUGCCAGCUAAUCCAAUUCCAAAGCAUCAACAAAAACAUGCCCUGAUGUCAAUUAAAGCAGUCAAACGAUUAAAAGAUGCUAAACCAUUUUUAUUACCAGUCGACCCAGUUGCUCUAAAUAUCCCACAUUAUUACAACAAGAUCCAAAGGCCGAUGGAUUUAAUGACAAUCGAGAAAAAAUUAACAGUAGAUGCUUAUGAUUCUCCAGAAAAAAUCACUGAAGAUUUUAAUUUAAUGGUUCAAAACUGUAUUGUAUUCAACGGUCCUACUUCUGGGAUUGCUCAAAUGGCAAGAAAUAUCCAAGCUGCUUAUGAAAAACAUAUGUUAAAUAUGCCUUCUAAAGACAGCGAACCUUUAAAACAGACAAGAAAAAGAAAACAGGAUGAGGAUGCUCCAGUCAUUAUUAGACGUGCACAAACACAUAACGGGAGACCAAAGAGGGAAAUACACCCUCCUAAGUCAAAGGAUAUUUAUCCAGUAGAGAAUGAGAAACCAAAAUCCAAGAAAUUACAACAAGCGAUGAGAUUCUGUCAAGGUAUUGUAAAGGAAUUAACAUCUAAAAAAUAUGCGUCAUUCAACUAUCCAUUUUUGGAACCAGUUGAUCCUGUUGCAAUGAACAUUCCUACAUAUUUUGAUUACGUUAAAGACCCAAUGGAUUUAAGUACUGUUACUAAGAAGUUGAACAAUUGGGAGUAUAAGUCAUUAGAGGAAUUCGAAAGUGAUGUUAAAUUAGUCUUCCACAACUGUUAUGCUUUUAACCCAGAUGGUACUAUCGUUAACAUGAUGGGUCAUAGAUUAGAAGAAAUUUUCAAUGCUAAAUGGGUAGACAGACCAAUUUUCGAGGAUUACGAUACUGAUGAAGAAAUUGAAAGAGAAGAAUAUUCAGCCUCAGAUGUUGAAGAUUCUGAAGAAUCCGAGUCUGAAAUUGAUGAAAGUUCAAUAACAAAUCCUGCUAUUCAAUACAUUGAAGAACAGUUAGCAAGAAUGAAGGUUGAACUACAACAGCUGAAGAAACAAGAAUUGGAUAAAAUUAGAAAAGAAAGAAGGUUAGCUCGUGGUACCAAGAAACCAAGAGGUAAAAGAGGCAGAAAUAAAUCUAGAGGUUCUUCAGGAAGUAGAAGUGGCAAAAAGAAAUUUAAAACUGUCGUAACUUAUGAAAUGAAAAAGAUUAUCACGGAAAAGAUUAAUGAUCUCUCACCAUCGAAAUUAGAAAAAGCAGUAAAUAUAAUUAAAAAGUCAAUGCCUGAUUUAGGUGAAGAUGAUGAAGUUGAGUUAGAUUUAGAUACUUUGAGUAACAGCACGCUGUUGACAUUGUACAAUACUUUUUUUAGAGUAUAUGAUACUACAAAUAAUGGAUCUGCUCGUAAUGCUGUUGGUUCUCCAAUGUCACCUUCAAAUGGUUUAGGUGGACAUAGCAAAAAAAAGAGAUCCAAGGCGCUUAGUGAAGAACAGCAAAGUAAACAGAUUGAAAAGAUUAAAAGCAAACUUGCCAUCCUAGAUGGUGCAUCACCAUUAAGUCAGCAGAAUUCGCCAUUAAGCAACGGUAACGUCCAAACUGCUUACCUUUCAGGUUCAUCAUCAUCAGGUGAUGAUGAAAGUAGUGAAAGUGAAGAAGAAUAG